GUGACGAGCAAUACAGACGCCUUCUGCCGUGCAGGUCGAUCGUUCGACGCGCGGACGCGGAAAUCCGUACCGGCAUGUACCUGAUGCAGCAGAGCGACUGUUCUUGAAACAGCUUCCAACGUGCGACCACCAAUGCAUGUUGAGGAGGUACACCAGCACAGAGACAGCAAAAGCCAGAACGGGGGACGGCCAACGAGCGUCGUCAAAAGACGGCGGCAGUGUUAACACCGCUCGAGUGACCGAGUCAAUGCGGAACAAGUCAUCUUGAAAGCGCUCGCUGCGCUGUGUCGGACGGUUCAGCGACCGAAGGUGGUUCCUUCACUAUCGGAAUCAUUUUCGCGGCCCUCCAAGUAGCAGUCGCGAAAGAAGAUUGCAUUUUUCGCAGCGUUUGUCGAGCCUCGGCAAAGCGCUUCACGAUCCGUCGCCAGCUUCAGCUCGUUGGUCGAGUGUUCUCGCCGCGGCGGUGGCCAAAGUGGUGGUCGAUGGCCGAGAACCACGCGGCGCAAAACGUGCUGGGAGCUCGCCUUGCGGCCACAGUGACCACAUUGAACCAGCAACGGCUCCAUUGACUGCCCGUCUUGUCGGUGGUUUGGACUUGUGUAGGCUUGAAUUGGGAUCGGCAGCUCCUUCAAACGCGCGUACGACUCGCCACAAAACUGGCAGUGUGAGUCAGCAAUAUUCAGCGGAAGUAACGUCGUCACGACACUGUCUGUAUACUCCUCAAGGUUGCGGUAGUACUGCUCGCCAUGUGUCUGGACAGCGCGGUCAAACGCUGCUGAAUUUGGAGGCGCAUCUACCAACCAAAUGAGGAAGUGGGCAUGCAGUGUUCCGCCGCCCUGCGUUUCGACCAUGCCGAAGUAUGCUUCAAUCUUUCCAAAAAGCCCGUCGAACGGCUUACCUUUCAUGUCAUCAGGAUUCACGCCAAGAACAUGUUCAAUGAAAGCGUCCAUGUUGCGCAUGAACAACCGUGCACUCACAACAUCAUUCUUCAAGCUUGCACUCUGCAUUACCGACUUGCCAGGCGCUCCCACAAGUUCAGCAUCGAAGAGCGUGUCGACCGAAGACACGCCGGUGUACUGAGCCAUCACGAAUGACUCGGCCACAUUGGGCGUCAGUGUAACGAAGAGCGCCGGCUGACCAUAGCGUGCCUGGUAAGCGAAAGCUCGUCGACGGCACUGCGCACGCUCGGCACCACUACCCCAGAUCGUUCCUCCGCUGAUAUCGACUGAGUGCAGCAGUCUCUCUGCAAUCGACUGCUCGCCACGAGACGCACGCGUUUGACCUUGUCGGUAAAACUCUUUCUGCUUGAGCGCCUGCGCCAAGUCCGCCUCCGACAUGUCACUGAAAGGCUCGAAAAGUGCGGGGUUCCGUUUGCACUUGAGCGCCACUUGAGUGUACAUUUUCUUUAACGAUAUGUGGUCGAAGGCAACUAGCAUGAACAGUUCGUCUUCAGCAAACCGCCGUGAGCUCAGCAUACCAUAGUGACGAAUGCAAGCUUCAAGUGAUACUGGAACGGGCCGCGUCUCGCCUGGGUGACCGCGGCCGUAUGGAAAAAGGUGGGGGAACAUCUGAGCAAAAAGCUCUUUACGGCUCGAGGAAAACCGGCUAGAGUGACGAACUAAGAAUUGCGGAGCUGACGAAGUCUCGUUCAAGAACUCAACAGCCGUAUGUGCACACUCAGCUGAACCUGUGCGGUCGUCGGUGGCCGAACACUCACUCCAAGUAGCGACCUCACGAUCUUCAGACACGAACACCACGCGCCGCUCCGCCACUUCAUCCUCGGCGACAGUAGACUCGCUGGCGAAGACGCCCCCAACGCGGCUGCCUUCUACAUCAACGUCUUCUGCCUCGAUUGCAGCGUCUGGCUCUUCACUCAACAUAUCAACUGGAACUUCGUCUUCGGCUAGCUGUGAGCAAUCGACAGCUAUGUGCUCGUAGAGCGAGUUAUGGAUACGAUAAAACCGCAGCAGGUCCUCGACCAUUGUUCGUCGCACGCGAUGCAUCUUUCGUACACGAGCUUGUUGGAUGGUAGUGAAUGGCCCCGCCAUGACGACACGAUACGAAGUCACGCCGCGCAUUGUCGUCGGCAACAACAUCGCUUGUGGUCCCGGCGUCGCGUCAAACGUAAGACAAUGAGAACGAAUCGCGCGAUGUGCACCUCCACGCAUGACCCUGGUGACGGCCAUUACAGAGACGAGCUGAGUCAUCACACGUUCGGGUAACGUCGCCUGCUGCAGAUUGGUCGGCAGUGAACUGAUGCAAAACCCGUUCUUGAUUGCAAACUUUGGAAUCUCCCGCUUUUUCAAGCUAUCAUCGCACAGAUUACAAACGUGAAGACUACGGCCCGCUUGAUCAACUCCACGCUUAGAAAGCAGGAUGCCCUCGAGCUCAGGGAGCAUACUUGAACAAUCAUACUCACUCACGAGAGGUGGAAUGAGAUUUUCGUCUCGACUGCUCAAAAGCGUUUGAAUGUCAUUCAUUUGAACAAACUCUGAGACGACAACGGUGUGGCAGUGUGUACGUAGAACCCAUGUAUCGCACACUGCGCACACUGUCUCAUCCAAUCCCGACGCGCCCAACGCUCCACGCAGUCGCUCUAAUAAGCUUUCCUGAGUCACUGAAGACACCGGUCGUAGUUGCGGAACGUCGCGGUCUCCCCAUGCAGGUGUUGAAGGCACGUCAAGUUCAUUUACAACAACGGUUGCAGGUUCUGAUCUUUGCCGAAGUGCUGGCAUUGACGUCGAAGGUGCAGUCGAACGUUGCCGCCUCUCACGACGCCGUAUACGCUCUUGUUGUCGAUGCCUUUCGCGAUCUUCUGGUGUUCGUCGACAACGAUAUCGACGCGCAGCUUCGGCAUUUCGGCGACGCCGUUCCACCAUCUUCGGAUCCACGGUUUUGUUGCUGAGAUCUCUACGGUUGCUCAUGCUGUUUGCUGCAAAGCGAGAACUUGAACACUGUGUUUAAACAGAGUUAUCUCGUCUCACACAUACGACAAAUAUGAAAUCAAACUAGGGACACGACGUGUUCAUGUUGAAUUCAUUAUUACACCGCGCAGUCAUGACACUUUAUUAACAAGCGAGAACUCUACGACGACGAGUGCCUUGCGUUGUAGAUAGAUGUUAUGAGUGAUAAUUUCGACCGACCUAAAUGCUCUAUUGAUAACUGACUUGUCCA